AUGUCUGAAAGCUUGAAAUAUUGGGCCUCAGAGUUGGAUAGCCCCACGCUGAGUGUGCUACCUCAAGAUUACAACAGACCACACACUGGGAAGAUUGUGGAGGCCACCCAUGAGGUGGACAUCGGGCCUUUAACGGGAGUGGUUGACACUGAUGAGAGCUCACAAAUUUCCGGGUUCACUGCCGCCUUGACAGUCUUUGCAGUGCUGAUUUAUAGACUCACUGGUGAUAAUGAUAUUGUCAUUGCAACAGAUUCUGGAAGCGAUGCGUUUAUUGUAAGGGUUCCCAUCGAGCCUACGAUGUCGUUCUUGGACUUGGCCAAAUCUGUGUCGGCUAAGUUUGCCGAAGGCUCUUCCAAGGCAGUUCCACUUUCAAGCAUAGCUGACUACAUUCAAAGUGAGAAGAAGCUUAGCUCGCCUCCUCCAUUGUUCAGACUGAGUUUCCAAAAAUCGAGAGACAACCAGCAACUGUUCACUGCCGUAAAGGGUUCGGUGAGGGAUCUGGCCAUUUUUACCGAUGGUGAAAAAUUGACCAUUUUCUACAAUUCGAUCCUUUAUAAGAGCUCAAGAUUGGUUAUCUUUGGUGAGCAGUUUGCCCAAUUCAUUUCUCAGGUCAAUGCUGAUCCUAGUUUGGCCAUUGGUAAGGUUAACCUGAUUACCCCAUCCCAGAAGGAUCUGUUGCCAGACCCCACGGCCAAUCUAGAUUGGUCAAACUUCAGAGGUGCCAUUCAGGAUAUUUUCAGUGAUAAUGCUGCAAAACACCCAGACAGAACCUGUGUUGUUGAGACCAAGUCUUUCCUUGAUAAGACCGGAAAGGACAGAGUUUUUACCUACAAGCAGAUUGACGAGACGUCCAACAUCGUGGGCCACUAUCUGGUCAAAAACGGUAUCAAAAGGGGAGACGUCGUAAUGAUUUAUGCCUAUCGUGGUGUUGACCUCAUGGUUGCUGUCAUGGGAGUUUUGAAGGCCGGUGCUACUUUUUCGGUCAUUGAUCCUGCAUAUCCACCAGCUAGACAGACCAUCUACCUCAGAGUCGCGAACCCUGCCGGUGUUAUCGGCAUCAAGAAAGCGGGUGUUUUGUCCGAGCUCGUUGAGGAUUACAUCAGAGAUGAGCUCAACGUGAUAACCCGUAUUCCUGCUUUGCAGAUUCAAGACGACGGAUCGCUCCUGGGUGGUGAUGUUGAUGGAAAGGAUGUUUUGGCCGAGUACGAGCAGUACAAAAGUCAGCGCACUGGAGUCCUUGUUGGUCCAGAUUCAAAUCCAACUCUUUCGUUUACUUCUGGUUCUGAGGGUAUUCCAAAGGGUGUUUUGGGUCGUCACUUUUCGCUGGCUUACUACUUCCCUUGGAUGUCUAAGACUUUUGGUUUGACUGAAAACGAUAAGUUCACCAUGUUGUCAGGUAUUGCCCAUGAUCCUAUUCAAAGAGAUAUGUUCACUCCUCUCUUCCUGGGAGCUCAGCUCUUGGUUCCAACAUCUGAUGAUAUUGGAACUCCAGGUAGAUUAGCCGAAUGGAUGUCUGAAUACGGAGCAACCGUCACCCAUUUGACUCCAGCUAUGGGCCAAUUGCUUUCUGCUCAGGCAGUUGCCGAGAUUCCAUCUUUGCACCACGCCUUCUUUGUUGGUGAUAUCCUGACCAAGAGAGACUGUUUGAGAUUGCAGACACUGGCCAAGAACGUGUUCAUCGUCAACAUGUACGGUACCACUGAGACGCAGCGUGCUGUUUCGUACUUUGAGGUUGCUUCCAGAACCCAUGACUCCACCUUCCUGGAGUCCCAGAAGGAUGUUAUGCCAGCAGGAAAGGGUAUGUUGAACGUUCAACUGCUUGUUGUUAACAGAAACGACAGAAGCCAGACUUGUGGUGUUGGUGAGGUUGGUGAGAUAUAUGUGCGUGCCGCUGGUUUGGCUGAGGGGUACAGAAACAACGACGAGUUGAACAAGGAGAAAUUCGUUACAAACUGGUACACUUCGCCUGAGAAAUGGACUGCGUUGGAUAAGUCCCUUGAUAAGGGAGAGCCUUGGAGAGAGUGUUGGCUUGGUCCUAGAGAUCGUCUUUACAGAACCGGUGAUUUGGGUAGAUACCUGCCUGAUGGUAACUGUGAGUGUUCUGGACGCGCUGAUGAUCAGGUCAAGAUCAGAGGGUUCCGUAUUGAAUUGGGUGAAAUCGACACCCAUCUGUCGCAGCAUCCUUUGGUUCGUGAGAACGUAACUUUAGUGCGCAGAGAUAAGAACGAAGAGCCCAUCCUGAUUUCCUUUAUCGUUCCAAAGGAUUCGCCGGAAUUGGCCAACUUCAAGUCAGAAUCUGAUGAGGUUGAUGACCUGGACGACCCUAUAGUCAAGGGACUAGUGCUUUACCGCGAACUGAUCAAGGACUUGAAAGCCCAUUUGAAGAAGAGACUGGCUUCGUAUGCCGUUCCAACUAUUAUCGUUCCAUUGACAAAACUGCCUUUGAAUCCAAAUGGUAAAGUUGACAAGCCUAAGCUGCCAUUCCCUGACACAGCUCAAUUGGCUGCUGUUGCUAAGUACUCCUCUCAAGAGCAGGAUGAUUCAGUGUUUACUCCACUCCAAGCCCAAAUUCGUGAUUUGUGGCUGGAUGUUCUGCCACAGCGUCCUGCUACUGUAUCGCCGGAAGAUUCGUUUUUUGACCUUGGUGGACACUCAAUUUUGGCCACCAGAAUGAUCUUUGAGUUGAGAAAGAAGCUGAUUGUUGAUUUGCCUUUGGGGACCAUCUUUAAGCAUCCAACAAUUGCUGCUUUUGCUGCUGAGGUCGCGAAAGUCAAGGAUGGUGAAGAGGUGCAACUUGCCACUGGAACUGCUGCUGGUGAAGACGACGAAGAUGCUCCGGUUGAUUACUCUGCAGAUGCCAAGACAAUUGCUGAUACCAUGUUGAAGGAAUCGUACAAAACUCGUCUUGAUAUUUCUCAGACUGAACGUAUCAAUGUUCUUUUGACUGGUGCUACUGGAUUCCUUGGUUCCUACAUCUUGCGCGAUCUAUUGACUCGUCCAGAGCUGGACGUUGUGGUAUACGCUCAUGUCCGUGCUAAGGACAAGGAAGCAGGACUCGAGAGAGUCAAGAAAACUGCAAAGACCUACGGCAUCUGGGAUGACAAAUUUGAGUCCAGAAUCCAGGUGGUGAUUGCUGAUUUGGCUCAAGAACAGUUUGGCUUGCCAGCUGACGAAUGGACCAAGCUCAACAACACCAUCGAUAGCAUCAUCCAUAACGGUGCUAUGGUUCACUGGGUUUUCCCAUACCAAAAGAUGAGAGAGGCCAAUGUUAUCAGCACGGUCAACCUUGUCAACAUGGCAGCUGUUGGUAAGCCCAAGCAGUUCGUAUUUGUGUCUUCAACGUCUACUCUUGACACAGAGCACUAUGUCUCAUUGGCUGAUGAGUUGGUUGAAGCUGGAAAGCCGGGUAUUCCAGAAAGUGACGACUUGCAAGGAUCUGCUCACGGUCUAGGAAAUGGCUAUGGCCAAACCAAAUGGGCUGCUGAGUAUAUCGUCAGGCAAGCUGGAGAAAGAGGAUUGAAGGGUGCCAUUGUUCGUCCAGGUUACGUUCAAGGUGAUUCUGUCAAGGGCUCCAGUAACACUGAUGAUUUCUUGCUGCGUAUGCUCAAGGGAUGCGUUGAGCUCGGCAAGUACCCUGAUAUCAACAACUCCGUGAACACCGUUCCAGUGGACCAUGUCUCGCGUGUUGUGACUGCAUGUGGUUUGCAUCCACCAAGGGGAGAGAACAAAGAGAUCCUACCAGUUGUUCACGUGACUGGCCAUCCAAGAAUCAAGUUCAACGAGUUCCUUGGCUCUCUUGCCAAGUACGGCUACGAUGUCAGUGUUGAGGACUACGUUAAAUGGACUGUUUCAUUGGAGAAGUUCGUGGUUGGUGGGGCUAGUGAUAUUGCCCUUUUCCCACUGCUGCACUUUGUUCUGGACAAUUUGCCCCAGGACACCAAAGCUCCUGAGCUGGACGACGCUAACGCUGUUCUGGCUUUGAAGGAAGAUGUCAGAUGGAAUGGUGGAAAGGACUUCUCCAAUGGUGAUGGUAUCACUGUCAAGUCCAUGGGUGUGUAUAUAUCCUAUCUUAUCAAGGUUGGUUUCUUGCCUGCUCCAUCCAAGCAGGGAGAGUUGUCUUUGCCGGAGGUUGAGAUUUCAGAGGAGUCGUUGCAGCUGUUGGCAUCUGGUGCCGGCGCUCGUUCGAGUGCGGCCUGA